AUAACAGUAAUUUUUAUAAUAUAAUAAUGUAAUUGUGAAAUUCCUACAGACGAAGGGCUACGCUUCAACGCUAAAUGCAUAUGAAUCCAACAACACGAUACAAUACACGACACCAGUGAUGUUCGAUGAGCUGUGUUUCGUCGUGCCCAAGGCGCAACAGAUGAGUCAAUGGCGUGCGAUAUUUACAGCAUUCGACGUACGGCUUUGGUACUGUUUAGCCGGUUCGUUUGUCGUAGCUCUGGGUGCGUGGACUCUCAUACGACGUACGACAAAUACACCAUACUCGCUCACACUUCUAGCCAUAAACGUGUUCAGAGUUUUCUUAAUGGUACCGCUCAAUCGUGUGCCAAACAACUUUUCCGAACGUCUAAUGGUCGUGUCCACCGUUCUGUUUGGGUUCAUCAUGGCUACCAGUCUGCAAGCGGUCAUGGUCAAGUAUCUGAGCUACCCAAAAUACGAAAGGGAUGUUGCCACUGUGCAAGAACUAUACGACACCGGCAUGCCAGUCCUUUCGGCUUCCAACAACCUUAUAUUGCUCUUUGAGACUGACGAAAGACCGGUGUACGAAAAGAUGUCAGAUCGAUUUGUAAUCAUCAAAAAUAAGUCUUUGGACAUACUCGGUGUAGUGGCAAGCAAACGGACUUCGGCUGCGAUCGGCAGGAAAAACGAUCUGGUGGAAAAGAUCGCCAGCUCGUACGUGGAAAACAAUCAGGUGCUGCUGCACAUCAUGGACGAGUGCCCGAGGUCGUUCCACAUCGUCUACCUGGUCCGCCGGGACGUGCCGUUCAUAAAAGUCGUGGACCGCAUAAUCACCACGUUCGUGGAAAGCGGCAUCGUCAACAGCUGGUUUGUGCACGCUAAACCUUUCCGGCCGAUAUCCGAUUACCACCAUCGGAAGGACCCGCACCAAGUGUUCACCUUCAAGAACGUGGUGAUCGCGUUCAUGUGCCUCGCGAUCGGACUCAUCGUCAGCACGAUCGCCUUCGUCGCGGAAUUCGUCCACUACCGCAGGUUCGCCGGUCCGGAAAAUUCGCGCCCCGGCGCGGUGCGCGGCUAUCCGAGUCGGAGAAAUGAAGCUUUACUCGCCGCUGCCGCUGCUGAGUGGUUUUCGCCACGCAACUUGCGUGCAUAA